CGUCUGAACCGCAGCCCGCGCCGUACGUGCGUCAGGGAUCAUCAAAAAUCACUCACCUCCGGCACUCCACACCAACACGUGACUCUCGGGUUUCUAUAAAAUCGAAAUCCCGCGACCGAUCAACAACACUUCCACGAUGCAUUCGACUUGGAAAGGUUUGUUGGUCGGCGGCUGGCUGCUGGCUCUUUACUCCACUGUGGCUUUGGCUCAGCUGGACUCCAGCCUGGACAGUCACUGGGAGAUGUGGAAGAUGAAACAUCAGAAAAAUUACCAGAACAAGGUGGAGGAGGUACAUCGCAGAACAGUGUGGGAGAAAAACCUCAUGCAGAUCAACAUUCACAACCUGGAAGAGUCUAUGGGCCUUCACACCUACACUAUGGAGAUGAACCACAUGUCUGACCUGACUAAAGAAGAAGCAAAGCAGAUGUAUGCCACGCUACGAAUUCCCAAAGAUUUGAAGAGGACGACAUCUGUACUCAAACCCCCUGCAGAUCUACCACCUAGUCUGGACUGGAGGACAAAAGGCUAUGUGACUGCUGUCAAAGAUCAGGGAUCAUGUGGGUCGUGCUGGGCCUUCAGUGUGGCUGCGGCCAUGGAGGGUCAUUUGUAUAGGAGCACAGGGAAACUAAUGGACCUCAGCCCCCAGCAGAUGGUGGACUGUGCAACAACAUAUGGAAACUUUGGGUGUGGAGGGGGCUACAUGGAGAAAGCCUUUCAGUACGUCGUUGACCAUGGCCUGGAGUCUGAAUCUUCAUACCCCUAUGAAGGAAGGGAUGAUACUUGUAGAUACAAUGCUGCAUCAAGAGUAGCUAACUGCUCUGGAUACAGCUUUGUGGAACGAGGGAACGAGUAUGCUUUACAGGUGGCACUUGCUAGGAUUGGUCCCAUCUCUGUUGGAAUUGAUGCUGACCUGAUUUUUUAUUAUCAUUCUGGAAUAUUCUCAGAUCCAACCUGCAUUGAGGGUAGGGUAGACCAUGCAGUUCUGCUCGUAGGAUAUGGUACAGAUAAUGGUGUGGACUACUGGCUGGUGAAAAACAGCUGGGGAACUGGAUGGGGAGAAAAUGGCUACAUUCGGAUCGCACGUAACAAGGGUGAUAUGUGCGGCAUUGCAACCUAUGCUACAUACUGCAACAUAUAGGACUUCCCAUGUCCUCAUGUACAGAUGUUUUUUUCACAUAAUAAAAAUAACUAAACAUUUACACUCUUUUGAAUGUACAGGAUCUGAAAUAUGUGCUUUUAUUAAUACUUCCUGAACAAUAAAAAUAUGUUUUAAUCCAUGUA